GCUACACCUGAGAACCCCACAAACGUGUUCACCUAAAGGGGGUUUAUUUAGUUAAACCCCAAUUAACCGGCUUCCGAAUGGCCGAGCCCCGUCGCCGUUUUCGCAACAAGAAGCGGGAUGACGUCUCCUCCGGCCUCCUGGCCCCCGUGACCAUAGCGCGGCGAGAGGACGCCCGCAUGGUGCAGCCAAAGAUUCUGCUGAAGAAGGAUCGUGACCGGGACAAAGAGUGGGACAGGGAUCGGGACCUAGAGAGGGACAAGGAGGUGGAUGCGUCACCCAGUGGCGGGAGCUGUUAUCCCGAUGCACCGGCGGCCAUCAAGACGAUCAUCAUCAAUCGCACAAGUGACAUGCGGCCGGCGGACAGAUGCACUAUGAGCAUGGUCGGAGGCGGAGGAUUGGGAGAUGGAGCUCCUGGGCAGGGCAGCCACAUGUCCAGCGUACCAUCCUCCUCCGUUUGUGCUGCACUGGUUAGCUCGGCACCAAAUGGCCGUGAGAAGGGGAACUGCGGUGGUGGCCCCGGAACCACUGGCGCAGCUGCCGGAGCACCAAGUGCCCUUCAGGAGCUGCAACCGCCGCGGAUGAACCGACCCACACCCCUCAUCGUGGCCAACGGCGUUUUCAAUGCCAAUGCCCGCAAACUCUUCCAUAAAACCAACACGGAUUUCACCGUAAUCGGUGUCCUGGGUGGCCAGUGUUCCGGGAAGAGCACGUUGCUCAAUCUCCUGGCCGCCGAGCGGUCGCUGGACUACGACUACUACCAACACUUGUUCUCUCCAGAGGCGGACGAGUGCACCUUUGCCACUCGGCACAAGAACAAGCCAAACAACGGCCAAAAGAGCAUUUUGCGCCCUCGCACCGAGAACCUGCAGUUCUUCAUCACGCGGGAGCGUCACAUUCUGCUGGACACGCCGCCGCUACUGCCAGUGGGCAAGGAGCCAGACCACCAGGACCUGCACUCCCUGUCGGCCAUGGCGCAACUGCUGAGCGUGUGUCAUGUGCUCAUUUUGGUUAUUGACGGAUUGGCCGUGGAGCAGCUGCGUCUGAUAAACGCUGCCCUUCGCCUGAGACCGACGUUUCCCUGCAAAGGCUACGUGCGCGAUCAUCUGCCGCAGGUGCUGUUCGUGCGCUCACGAGCCCAGCGGCUGGAUUUCGAACCGCAGCAGCGUGAGCGACUGGACAAGAAGCUGGCGUACCUCUACGGGCCCACCGGACUGCCCAUCUACAGGGGCAGGGGUGAGGCGCGAUGCCUGAACACCUUUCUGCUGCCCGAGGUGAGCGGCAAUGGAGCAACCGCUUUCCAUGCGAGCCUUGGCGAACUGGUGCGUCAGUUCCGCGAACGGGUGCUCGGCUCUACACGCAUCUCCAUGUGCCACACCAGCACCGAACUCAGCGAGGCCAUCUGGUUCGAGAUCCUGGCGGAGAGUGCUCGCCGGAAUGGCCCCCACUUCGAGAAGAUCUAUGCAGAGAUCAAACUGCGCCACCUGGACACACGCUGCCAGUGGCGGUCGGACAAUUGGCGCACCUUUUCGGCUAGCACAGAGAGCUGAUCCAAGGAUUGCGGCUGCGCAGUUGGAAUAGAACUAUGUUAUUGGGUGGGGCGAUUCGGAGCGCCAGGACUCGCACGGGGAGGAUUGAUGGCUGGGACCAUGCUAGUGAUUAAAGUUCCAAUAUCAA